AUGGAAAGAAAACCAGAAUGGCUACAAAAACAUAUAUUUGGAAACGAGCUUAUUCCAUAUGGACAGGCACUGUUUGAAGCGCUUGAACCGGAAACUCAGGAAAGAGUCAUGCAAACAAUACGCGAAGACUCAAAUACAGACUAUGACAAACUCUUUCUAGGAUAUAGGUUACCUGAGAUGGGCGACCAGAGCCAAAAGGCAAAAAGGACAUGGGAAAUUUGCAACAUACUAGAUGAACAUAAUGCAAAGAUGCAACAACUUCAAGCAGAGGGCAAUGAAGGAAAAAGAAGAGUUAAAAACUCAGUCAGGAAGAAAGUAAAGCUUGGUCGGAGUGGGUUCUAUUAUGACAUAUAA